AUGUCUCAGCAGCCUGGAGGUGACGGAAUGCAGGGCGGAGGUGGCGGCGGCGGCGGCGGCGGCGGCAAUGGCGGCGAAGACCGGAAGAGGAAGGGGAUUGCGACGGAGGUCGAUGAUGAUUGCUUGAUUUCGAGUGAAGAUGAAGAGGAGGAGGAGGUGGAGGAGGAUCGGGUUCAGGCGCGCCGUACCUCACUGGAUUCACUCUCCUCGCUUGAAGAUGCUCUGCCCGUCAAGAAGGGACUUUCUGGCCAUUACACUGGAAAAUCGAAAUCAUUCGGAAGUUUGACCGAGUUGGCUGUGAAUGACCCAAUGGAGCUGGGCAAGAAAGAGCACCCAAUCAACAAAAGGCGCAGGCUGCUGAUUGCUCACGAGAUGCGUGAACAAGAGAAGCUUGGCUGCAGCUCGGCCUCUGCCCCCCAGCAGGCGGCAGCCUCCACACCGUCUGGUGAUCAGAAGGAAGAUGAAGAUGAAGAAACCAAGGUGGAAGAUCGUGAGAACGAGGCUCCAGAAGACGAUGACAAUUGA